AUGACGCUGCGACUUCGAAUUGCCACAGAGAGCGAUCUCGACGCUGUCGCUGACGUUGCGACGGCAUCAUUCAACCCAGAAACUGAUGCCAUCUCAGCUCAUCUCUUCCCGCCUCACCUGAAGCCCGAGGGAGAGGCGUAUGCCCAUGCAGCAAGACCGUGGAGGCUUGCGCGAAAAACUGAUAGGUUUCAUUCCAAACGGACUAUCUUGAUAGUUGCGGUUGAUGAGGCACUAUCCGGCAAAGUCGUAGGCUUCGCACUUUGGGAGAAGCCAGUACGAGGCGAGGAACAUGUAAAGCAAGAGGCUGCACCCAUCAAACCUCCUUGCGCAACACUCGACCAUGCCGCCUUUGAUGAAAUGAAGAGAGUUCUCGGCGAAGAUCACUCAAAGCGAUUUGGAGAAAAAGGAUCUCACGACGUGUGGCAUCUCGAAAUGCUUGGAGUUGACCCCAGCCAACAACGAAGAGGCAUUGGUAAAAUGCUGUUACAAGGGGCCUUUGCAGAAGCCGACAAGUUUGGGGAAGAAUGUUACCUGGUUGCUACGCCCGCGGGACUUCCGCUAUAUCGAGGGGCUGGAUUUGAGGAGGUUGGUGUGCUGAAGUUGUUUGGUGUUCCGCAUACAUCAAUGAUCAGGAAGAGCCAGAAGAUCAAACCUGUGGAUAGCUAA